AUGCCGAAGAACAAGCUUGGUGGAAACAAAGCCAAGCGUGCGAAGGCCAGCACUGAGAACAACAAGAAAGAGCUGGAGUUCAAGGAGGAUGGACAGGAGUAUGGCCAGAUCACCCGCAUGCUGGGGAAUGGCCGAUGCGAUGUGCAGUGCGUAGACGGUGUGAAGCGGUUGUGCCACAUUCGUGGCAAGAUGAGGAAGAAGGUGUGGUGCAACCAGGGCGACAUCGUCCUGGUUUCCCUUCGCGACUUUCAGGACGAGAAGGGCGACAUCAUCACCAAGUACACGGCCGAGGAGGCACGCAGCUUGAAGAACUACGGCGAACUGCCGGAGAACGUGAAAAUCAAUGAGACCGACAUCGGUGAUGGUGAUGAUAGCGAAGACGGCGUCGAGUUCGAUGAGGCGGCUGGCGUUGACGUGGACAACAUCUGA